UCUUGUCUGUGGACAAAUUGAACAAAUUCUCAAAUCGAAACUAAACGAUUUUUUGCCUUUUGCAAGCGUUUACGAUGAUUAUCAAUAUAUUUAAUUCUUAAAGUGCUCAAAUGUAAAUAAUAAUCAUAAAUGCCUAUUCAUAAGUCUUAGAUUUACUGUGUAAAAUGAGUUAUUAAAUGAGAAACUAAGCAGUGAAUCCCGUCAAAGAUGUCGACGCGUGUGUAUCAAUCAACUUUGUUUUGCUUGUAGUGUUUUUUUACACUAUUUGAUUAUUAUACCUGGGUCCGCAGAUUUCGAAACAUACAAAUUCAAACACAAACAUGAGAAGGAAAGUGCAAGCUCAGAGGAAGUUUGCUCAAGGAGCAUACAUCCCUCCAAGCACUAGUGAGAGAAGGACUGAUGUUACCCCGGUGAAAGAUGCUGAUGCUCAGAAAAAUAACAAGAAUGUGGUCUAUAGCAAUAUGUCUGCUGCACAUCUGCUGGAUAUGAUUUCAUUGAAGAGUCUUCAUCACCAUUUGGAUCCCAUUGUAUUGGUGGAGAGACUACCAAAGAAGAAAGUAAAUGUUGUUCCCACCAUAUUGCCUGCUCCAGUGACAAAGGGACACAAUGCCGCCAUCAAAACAGUCAAGAACAAAACUCCAUCACCAGUCACACCCCGCCCGGCUAAACUUGUUAGGAAAAGCAUCAGAGGCGCUAUGCAGCUCAGAUCAAGGAGCUCACUCAAACGUCAACGGUUUACAAAGAAGGAGAUAGUUAUAAAGAGUAAAGCCAAGUUCACACGCACCAGGGUCAUGAAGCGAAGACUGAUAUCGAAAAUUGUGACAGUCAGUAAAAAAAAGACUCUUGUCAGUGUGCCAAAAGCAAGCAUAUCUCCCAUCAUGUCGGAGUUCUCCACAGAUGAUGAUACACCACUUAAUCAAAUAACACAGAAGAAAACAGAGGCAAAAAAGAAAAGUCCAGGACCAGAGAAGCCAGCAAGUGCAAGUCCAACAACUAGUCAAGUUAAGAGAAAGAGGAGUAAACCUCUGGAUGAGGAUGCUAAAAAGUUGUGUACUCUUCGUUCUGCAGCAGCAGCGGCCGCAGCGAGCACUGCUACUGAACCCAAAAUAACGAAGCCAACCAAUGAACCUAAUAAUAUAACCAAGGAAAGUGAUGAGCCUAAAAAAACCAGACUAAGCAAUGAACCUAUUAUAAUAAAGAAAACUGAAGAACAAGACAUAUCACCAGUGGCAGUUUGCAACACUCAACCAGAUCAGGUCAUAAAAACAGAUGAUGUGGUAGAGACACCCCCACUGUCGCCAUUAUCUAAUACUCUAACUGGUCCAAACGGCAGUUACUAUGGACGUAAUGAGAUUGAACGAUGGAUUGUAAACUCUCACUCAGUACCACCUGAGGCUGCUAUUCCCGAGGAACCACAGCCUGAAGUCAGUUCUGAAAAACCUCAGCCUGUAGCUAACUCUGCAGAAGCACAGUCUGUAGCUAACUCUGCAGAAGCACAGCCUAGUAAUGGUCAGAAAUCAGAUCAGAAACAGUUUAAAAUUCCUCAGAAUUGGACCCGAAGAAUGCUCAAACCUAAAGAUCCCAAAAAGUUAAGUAGUAUAUAUAUGCCUUCGGCACCUCAAGAUCAUAUUCGGCCUUUAGAUGUGCCUUGUUCUCCCGGGACUUUAUGCCCGUCUUUACAGUAUUCGACAUUAAAAUCCAUACAGGAUGCAUCCAAGAGCGGUCACAUAAUUGAAAAGUGUAAUGGGCCAUGUCAAAAUUGCAGCAAGGUGACAAAGCUAUCAAAAUUGGUGAAUGGCGUUUUAAAUGUGUUGCAUGAGCCAGCUGAAGCGGCAAGUGAUGUGUACGCAUUCAAUGAACCAGAUGCGACACGCGAACCGCCAUUAUUGGGCUUCCGACAAAACCGCCGUCGCAGCCGCGAUACCGCUACGGAGAAAAAUCUCUACUUAGACCUUUUGCCACAAAAUAGCUCCCACAUAGUACAACUUGUAUCAGUUAAAGUGCCUAACCAGGAUAAGACAAUAAUGAGAGCUCGCCUUGUGCCUAAAGCUGAAGUCACCCAAACCGUGGAUGAAAAGAAUGAUGAGCAAAUCGUAACACUAAUGGAACAAGACAACUUUCUUGAGGAGUUGUUGACUAGUCUAAAUAAAAAUGAUGACAAACAACCUGAAAAGAAUGGUGAAUCUGAACCUAAAAUUGCUAAAAAAAUAAUUGGUACAGAUAUAAAGAACCAGCCUGUUUCUUCCAAUGCCAUUACUAUGUCUAAUAGCAAUUUAACAACAGUUGAUGACAACAGUGAGGGAAAGCCGGUGUAUUUCAAGAAGCCCAAGAUUUCACCAUUGCUUCCACUGCGGGCAAAAUUAAAGCAGCCAUUGCUAAAGCCGCAAUUACAUCCAAAGAUACAACUACAAAAACCCUUGCUGCAGCCCCAAAAACCAAAACUGGAACUAAUAACUAAAUCAAAUGAUCACAAGGCACAAAAGCUAGAUGAAAAGAUGCAAUGCCAACAACAGAAGAUGCAAACUUUACCGAAGCAUCAAUUACCUCGGCAAAAGUUACAACCCCCAACAGAUAAAUUGCAACAGUCACAGCCAGAACUACAGAAGUUACAGCCACAACUGCUAAAGUCAGAACAGCCAUCAAAGAUAGAUCUGAUGCAGCAAAAGCUAUACUCACCUCAAGAGAAAUCUCAGCCUUCACAGGAAAAGGAGCCGCCACAACAAAAGAAGAUACAGCCGCCCAAAGCAGAGCAGCCUCAACAAAAGGUACAACAGGAUCGGCAAAAGUCACCGCAGCUGCCCCAAAAGUCACAACAGCUUCCUCAAAAGUCACAGUCAUCACAGCAAAAGCCGCAGGCUAAAGUGCAACUACUACCUUCGCCGCAGCAGUCCUCGGUAAAGCCGUCUACUCGUGAAACUGAAGGUACUAUUGAAAAUAAACCCAUUCCAUCGCCAUCCUCAUCUGAAAAGGGUGGAAUAGUGGAUGCUCCAGUCUUCUAUCCUACUGAAACUGAAUUUGAGAACCCAUUCAGCUACCUGGAAAAGAUAACUCCUGAGGCCUCGAAGUAUGGCAUUUGCAAAAUAGUGUCGCCUCCGGGAUUCUCUACUGAAUGUCAAUUGCGGGAAGGCGCGAGGUUCACUGCUUGCAACCAGUACCCAGGCAAGAUGUUCAGGAGAUGGGGGUCGGCCACAAGGGAAUUGUGCGCUAUAAAGAAGCAUUUGGCUACACAGAAGGUUCUUUUUACCAGGCCUCCAUUGGUUGACAGUGUAGAAGUGAACUUGCCAAAACUGUACCACAUAGUUCAAAGAAUGGGUGGACUGAAGAAAGUGAUUGAGAAAGAAAAAUGGCAGAAAGUGGCAGAGGAAAUGAACUAUCCAAAAGGAAGUCAAGUAGAGAGAAAGCUAGACCAAGUCUAUGUGAAAUAUUUAUUACCCUACGACACAUUGACUAAUGACGAGCGGCAAGCGAUAUUGGAAAGCGUCGGCAAGGAGUGGGACAAGCGUUACAAACGCAUGCUCCGGCGCGCCCAGAACCCGCUUCACAAGCAGCGGCAGCUACUGGGCGAGUCCUCCUCCGAUGAUGAUGAAGAAGACGAGGACAUGGAGCUAGCCUUGGAGGAGGCCGACGACUGCAUAGUCACCGGACGCAGCAUGAAUCUGGCCACCUUUGAGAAGGUGGCCAGAAACGUGAUGCAGAUGCAGCUAGGUUCCUCAGCUGAAAGCGCGGACGAGAUUGAGCGUCGCUACUGGCGUCUCGUGUCAGCUGGCGACGAGCAUGUGUGCGUGAAUGCGGCCGCCGUCGACACCGCCGACCAGGCGCCGCCGCAGAAGCCGAAGCCCUCCGCUAGACACCCUUGGAAUCUUAAGAUGCUAAGCACAUGCGCAGAGUCGGCCCUGCGCUCUCUAGGCCCAGUGCUGAGCGUGACGGUGCCCACUCUGCACCUCGGCAUGUUAUACUCGUCGUCGUGUUGGCACCGCGACCCGCACGGGCUGCCCUGGACCGAGUUCCUGCACCAGGGGCCCGACAAGAUCUGGUACGGAAUCCCGGACUCGCAAAGCGACCAGUUCCGCCGGGCGGUCGAGGCGCUCUGUCCGGCCUUCUGCCAGAACAAGUCGAUCUGGCUGCCGUCGGACGUCACCAUGAUCCCGCCAGACCUGCUGGUGAAGGAGAAACUCACGCUGACGCGGGCCACUCAGCGCGCCGGCGAUUUUAUUAUCGUUUUUCCUAAGGCCUACAGUUGCUCAAUUUGCACAGGAUACACGAUAUCUGAAAGCGUGUACUACGCACCCUUCUCUUGGCUUGAGACUGUCUCCAACGAUUUUGAGGAAGCGCGCCGCAGCCACGAGCCGACCAUGUUCUCCGUGGAGCAGCUGCUGCUGGGCGCGGUGGAGGAGCGCGGCGCCCCGCAGCCCGCGCGCCGCGCCGCCGCCCUCGCGCUGGCCGCCGCCCUGCGCCGCGAGCUGCACGCCCGGCGCGCCCUGCACCAGCUGCCCAGCAAGGACUCCAAGCAUCCGCCGAAGCGGCGCUGGAGCGCGUGGAAUGUUCGAGAACUGGACGAGUGCGACGUCUGCCGCUGCACACUCUACUUGUCUAAGGUGACAGGUCUGGUGGACAAGAAGGGAGUGUUCUGCCUAGAACAUGCCAUGCGGGUUCUCUCCAAGUUCCAGGGCGAAGACGUCUCGCAAGCCGCGCUGGUCUGCUUCUACUCCAACGAUACUCUGCACACAAUACUCGCGAAGCUAGACAAACGCUUCAGCUCAUAGCAUUGAGAUUUUUUUUAUAUUAUACACUACUUUUACACCGACUUAAGAGAGAUUUUUUUUUCAUAUUUUGUUUGCCAUCAUUUUUUUGUUUGUUAAGAGAGAUUAAAGACAAAUUAGACUGUA